AUGCAGGGCUUAGACAACGACCGAUUCUAUGAAUUGAUAAGCGGAAAAUUUGCUGUAUUUUACUGUCACAAAAUAUCGAAAAUCCUUCUUGGUUCGGAACAUCACUACUCAAGAUUGCUGGAGCACAUUGUGUCUAAAAAUUAUAACGAGAAAUUUCCGAUCACUGCUAUAUGUAAUGACAAAGAACGCGAAUCAUUGCUCCCCUCAUCAUCUGCUGAUGUUACAUUUCUGGAUGCUCAACAUAUUCCAGGCUCUGCCAUGAUUCUGUUUGAAUUCCACAAUGGCUUUAGAUUACUGUAUACAGGAGAUUGUCGUUUAUCAAAAGAUGAUUGGAUCGCUUGCCAAAUACUCAAAGAUCCAUUUACCAGCUCUGGUUUUAAACGUCUUGAUGCACUGUAUUUUGAUAGUACGUUCUGUCGAAGAGAAGCAGAAAAUAUACCAUCUUUGAGGCAGAGUUGUGCACUUUGCGUUGAGAUGGUGAAGGAGUGGUUGGAAAAAGACUCGAAUAAUAAAGUUUUAAUAUGGUGUGGCAAAUUUGGCCAUGAGCUUCUACUUAAAGCGAUUUGGGAUGAACUUCAUAUUAAAUGUCAUGUAACCAUGAUGAAAUAUCGUAUUUAUUCAAAAAUUAAUUUCCUUGCUGACUGUAUAACACCGGUUGCACGAGACACUCGUGUACAUGCUUGUACUACGAAACCCAGUUUAACAGAAGAAGUUUUUUAUGAGAAUAACCAAAGUGUGGUGGCGAAGAAAAAGGGUGACGUCAGCUUCAAACAAAAGAUGUCAACCUGUUGGCAGUGUCGUCCAGAUCACAACAGUGUACGAGUAAUAAAGCCCUCAGCAAUUUGGUUUUUAAGGCGGAAUAAAAAAAAUAUGCUGGGAUAUGAAAAUAAUCGAUUUUGCCGUCUGUUUUACGCAGGCCACUGUUCAGUUUCUGAAAUGGAGAAUGCUUUUAGCUUGUUAAAACCUGUAUGUGCUUAUCCGAAUGUAACGGACAAACGCAGCGCAGAUUUUGCUAGAAAAUUGUUGAACUACUUCAGCAGAGAAUCUGCUAAAAAAGCAGAUCCUCAGAAAACGUUAAAGCGAAGUGCAACUUGCGAAUUUGGUACAGAUGACGACAUUAUUGAAGUGUGA